GCCGCCUACCAGUCGAAUGCGUGGCCUCAUCUACUGCGGGUCACACCGAACGCUAUUUUUCGAGACGCUCGUUGAUCCUGACUGUCUAGUGGGUCUGAGCCGGAAAUGCAGUUCCUGAAGUCAUUGUUUCUCGUUACUUGUUGCAUCCUCGCCUGCCGAUGCGAUCGCCAAAAACCUCACGGCAAAAAUGAUACGACGACAGAAAUAGCGCUCGGUGAAAAACGACUCGGGGAUCAUAUUCGUGCGAUUUUGAAGCACUAUCAGCAAGAUGAUCCGGUGGGGCUACCUGGGGCACCAAUACCGGACCCCAUGCCAGUGCCAGAUAUGAAACACUCUUUCUCUAUGUACACCAUGAACUUCAAGCAGAUAAGCGUUUACGGUCUCUCGAAAUUCCGUAUCGUCCGCAUGGAGUCGGAACUGGCUCUUAUGCAAGUUUCCGUGGCGUUGAGCAUCCAGGCUCUGGACAUUCGCGGAUUAUACACGUUAUCCUCUUGGCUGUCGCGGUCGGCUGGCAAUUUCACCGUCGAGUUAAAGGGGGUGACUGUUAAAGGUAUUGCGAGGCUCGAUGUCGGCACUGACGGUAAAUUGCAUGCCCAGGACAUCGAUAUGGAUCUAAUGUUCGAGAAGAUAGACAUGGACUUCAAGAAUUUGGGUUUUCUUGGCUCUGUUUUCCAAGGAUUGAUCAAUUCCGUAGGAACCUUCAUUUUUGACAGUAUUAAACCUUUCAUUUUGAAGGAGGUCAAUACUAACGUACGGGGGGAAGUCAACAAACAGAUAUCCCAACUUCCGCAAUACUUUCCCAACUCUAUAUCGCCGUUCGAUAUGGCGAUCGCAGAAGCUCGUAAGCAAGUGUCUCAAAUGGGUUACGAUCCAUUCAGGGUAAAGGACUAUAGCCAAACCGUGGGUAUAUUCACCGUGACGUCGACGCAUACUUGGGUCACAGGACUGGCGAGUUUCUAUCGAAUGGGAAACAUCACCUUAAGCAUGGAAAAUCAGACAGUAUACGCAACAAUCGACGUCGGAACUCAAGAGAUCGAAGGAAGGACGCACUGGGAAGUGAGCGUCGUCGGUGGCUUCCUAUCGAGGGCUGGCACGGUUUCCUUCACCAUACAAUAUUUCAGAGUUCAAUUAAAAUUGAGUCAACCCUUGGACACCCGGAAGCGACCUGCCCUCGAAGAACUCGAACUCGAGUUAGGCAACAUUCAAACCAGAGUUCACGGCGCCGGUACCAUCGAUUACAUAAUAGAAGCCGGUGUUAAUAUACUGCCAAACCUUUUAAGAUAUCAAAUUAUGGACGCGAUAGAGAGACCCCUUAAAAGGCGAUUGCAGCUCGAAGUGCAGAAGAUAGACAUUGAAAAAGUGAUCAACGAGAACAUUCCGAACAUAGAGCAACAGGCCAGGUAUCUACAAGGUCUAGUUCCUGCCGAAGAGACCAAUUUAGAUGAGGGAAUACCUCCUGAAGACCAGGACGAGCAACCGUUUUCAGAGAGCGAGGAAAAUCGAGGACCUUCUUAAAUUAACCAAUUAUCGCGCUUACACGACAAUUACAUUAUUUAUGAUCGGAUGCUAAAGCAUAGAACUUUCGAUCGCGUGGUCACGAUGCACUUUCCGCGCCUUUUGUAAAUAUUUUUAUAUAUUUUACCGAAGUAAAUUUUUAACAUAUUUCGCUCUUGAAUAAAAAAUUACCCCAUGUA